UAAGCAUACAAAUUCGUAAUUCUUCAAUUUCUUAACGUUUGAACUUUUUGCAACCAUGGCUGAGUACCACCAGCUGCGGCAACCAGACCAUCACCACUACUCUCAACCAAGGUCCCAGCAGAUGGUGAAGGCGGCUGCUGCUGCCACUGCUGGGGGAUCCCUUCUAGUCCUCUCCGGUUUGAUCCUUGCUGGCACGGUUAUUGCACUCACUAUUGCUACUCCACUCUUUGUCAUAUUCAGUCCGGUUCUUGUCCCUGCUCUCAUUGCCGCUGCUCUAUUGGCCACAGGUUUCAUGGCUUCUGGCGGUUUCGGUGUCGCAGCUAUUACUGUGCUGUCAUGGAUUUAUAGGUAUGUUACCGGGGGGCACCCACCAGGAGCGGAUCAGUUGGACCAGGCGCGUAUAAGGCUGGCUAGAAAGGCUCGGGAGAUGAAGGGCAGGCCUGAGCAGCUCACCAGUGCAACGGCUUCUUAGUUUGUGCUGCUUAAUUAGCAAUUGAUCUCUACCUAGCUAGGAUCAAAUGGCUAUCACACAAGUCCUCCUCUUAAGUCUUAAGUCAUUAGAAUG